AUGCUGGCCAUAGAUCUUGUUAAUUCUGACCAAAAGAUAUCUAAUAUCGGUCCAUGUCCCAACUGUCCUGCAGACACAGUCCUGGACAUGGACUUUUGGACGUUCUGUGUCUGCCAAAAAUCACCGGGACAACGUCCAUGUACAACACUGCAAAAAUGUGUUGGCCCUCCCCUUGCUGCAUUUAUUCUUUGUGACCUUACAACUCUGGAUAUUGUCCUUUAA